AUGCCUUCCUCUAUCACCCUCACCGUCAGCCACCUUCCGACAUCUACUUCGUUCUUCCUUUCCGCCCUCCAACCGCUCAACUACGUCUUCCGUGGCCGACAAGAGCAAACCAUCGGCUUUGGCCCCGCGUCUCCACCCAAUACUCCCCCCGACUUCUGGAUUACACAAGAAAUCCCCGGUGUCCCCGCGGGGGCCGCGCACGUGGCUUUCCCUGCGGCUUCUCGGGCACAGGUGCAGGAUUUCUUCCUUGCUGCUCUGAAGGCUGGUGGGAAGAUACACGGAGAGCCAUGCCAGCGGGAUGCUGCGGGAUAUUACUCGGCCGCAGUGAUCGACUUUGAUGGGAAUUCCAUCGAGGCAGUUUACAGACCUGCCUUUGGCGACGAUGCGAACAAGGAAAAUGCCGACACGCGAACUAUGGUGUCCCAUCGCAGUGCGACUGUGAGAGCCCCUUCUGUUGUGGCACCUCCAAAAAGCGUCGUUUCCGCUGCGAAGAGUGCCAGAGCACCAUCUCAGGUUGCCUCGCAGGCUCCGUCGCAUGUCUCGGUUCCAGCAAGUGUACCCCCUGAAAAUACUCAACCCAAGCCAAAGCCGUCUGGGGAUGUUCUUGGGUCGUUGAUCAACGAAGCUCGCAACGCUGCGAAUGUGGCCCGCGGCCUCGUCAAUAGCAUGGCACCCAAUCUCAGCUCUCCAGCCCCGCCAUCUACAGGUAACUCCACGGGUGGUGGGAGCGGAGCAGGUGAAGCCAUUGUUGGUACCCUCCUCGGUGUCGCGGCCGGCGCCGCCCUCCACUACGCUUUCAGCAACCGAUCCAAGGAAAACACCCGUGACGAUGUAGAGGAGCACAAAUUUGUGCCUCCUCCUCCUCGCCCUUCCGUCGUCGGCCGCAGUGCCACCGAGCCCGUCAACGUUAUGCGUGCGGAAUACUCAACUGUCCCAUCCGAGUAUCCCGGAGUUCCUGAAUUUGGCUAUCGAGCCAUUGAGCCAGCUCCUUCAGCAUACACUUACACACCCCGGGACCCCAGCGAGCAAAAGCUCAUCACCAUGUAUGAUCACGACCAGCCGGCGCCGACAGUUCACACCUUUGCCGACGAGGCGUCCACAAUCCGCCCUGCUUCAGUGGCGAGGCGAGUGAGCGUGGAUUCUGGAGUUGGCCUUGGGGUUGUCCCUCGCGAUUUCGACGCAGCUUCGCACGCCUCGAAAGCAUCGCGGCAGUCGAAAAAGAGCAUGAAUGCACCGCCACCGACAAGUUACCGUGCUCCGACUGCACUGACGGUGAAAUCGAAAGUUUCGGGUGCGUCUGGUGGUGGCGGACGCUCGAGAUCCCGCGCGAGCAGUUUAAGUCGCCUUGGUAGGAGUCUCAGUGGUCGCUCGUCGGCAGAUCAGCCGAGGUCAAGAUCGCAGUCUCGACACAGCAACAGAUCGAGAAGGAGUCGACGCGAUGAGUUUGAAGAUAAUGCGGCCGAGGACGAAGAAGCACAGACGGUGUUGCAUGUGUCGGAGACCGUUCAUCGUUCUUCGAGCCGUGUGUCUUCGCACCACACGCAUACGGAAUCAAAGGUAGCAAGUCACGUCUCUGCGCACCACUCCCAUGCAGGAUCCAGAGCCCCAAGUCAUAUCUCGGUGCACCAGUCGCAGUCAGGAUCCAAAGCACCAAGUCACGUGUCAGCUCACGAGUCUCAUGCCGGAUCCAAAGCGCCUAGUCAUAUCUCGAUGCACGAUUCCAAGGCAGGUUCAAAAGCAGCGAGCCAUGCCUCGGCCCAUGAAUCCCACGCAGCCUCCAAGGCGGGCAGUCAUGCGUCUGCGCAUCAGUCCAAAGCAGGAUCCAAGGCGGCUAGCUAUGUCUCGAAUCACGACUCGCAGGUGACGAUAAAGCCUGCGAGUCGAGUCAGUUCAAAGCACAGUCGCAGAGACCCUGCCGAAUAUCCCCUUCCGCCUUCUCGUGCGGCAACAUGGACAGGUUCCGAUACCGGAAAAAGCUUUGUUUCUGCGAGGUCGAACUUUGGACCGAAUGGGCCAAGGACGAUUAUAGGCAAGCUCAAACCCGUGCGCGAUGGAGGUGAGAUGACCGAUGAGGACGAUAAGACGGAGACGGCGAGCAUGGUGUCCAAACAGAAAGAGUUGGCCAAGUUAGAUGUGACGGAUCGGGAGGUGAUGCCGGAGGACAGCGUCAGUCAGAUCUCGGUGGAGAGCCGAAGGAGCCGGAGAAGUAAAGCCAGCAGUAGAAGAUGA